AUGGGGAACAUGGAUGGAAAGUCUGUUGAGGAACUGAGCGCUACCGAGUGCCACCAGUGGUACAAGAAGUUCAUGACAGAGUGUCCCUCCGGUCAGCUGACCUUGCAUGAGUUCAAGCAGUUUUUUGGCUUGAAAAACCUGACUCCAGCAUCAAAUGAAUACAUCGAGCAGAUGUUUGAAACAUUCGACUUUAAUAAGGAUGGCUACAUUGAUUUUAUGGAGUAUGUGGCAGCUCUAAGCUUGGUCCUGAAGGGAAAAGUGGAACAGAAGCUGAGAUGGUACUUCAAACUGUAUGAUGUGGAUGGAAACGGCUGUAUUGACAGGGAUGAGUUACUAAACAUCAUUAAGGCGAUUCGCACCAUCAACCCAUGUAAUGAAGUAAUGACAGCUGAGGAAUUCACAAACAUGGUGUUUGAUAAAAUCGAUAUAAAUGGAGAUGGUGAGCUGUCUCUGGAGGAGUUCAUGGACGGAGUACAGAAAGAUGAGGUUCUACUUGACAUCCUGACCCGUAGCCUGGACCUGACGCACAUUGUUCGAAUGAUCCAGAAUGAUGGAAAGAAUCCCGAGGAAGUGGCAGGAGCUGCUGAAUAG